AUGUGUGCCAAGCGCAUUACGGCCACGACCAACACGAUGGAGCGAUCUGGGUUUCGUCUGCAGCGCCACUUAGAGGUCAUCUAUACGGCCCCAUAUCACUUCAACAGCAGUCACAUUCGACGCGUCAGGGUCCACACGGGCAUUAUACUUGAGUUCGCUCUCCACCAACACCCGCUCGCGUGGAACCCGCCACCCGAAGAUGAAUUAUCUGGAGAGGAUGAAGUUCGAGUAGUGCUGGUGACAGGGUUCCUCAACACGAAAGAGACCUGGACGCCGCCGUUAGAGACGAUGCUGCGCCAAUGGGACGGACUGGAGACCGACAAGCGCCUGAGGAUCCUGACAUUUGACAAUCGAGGUGUCGGCGGCUCUACCUCACCCAUAGGGCCCUACACCACGCGUAACAUGGCCGAAGACGCGCUCGCUCUGCUGGAUCACGUCGGCUGGGAGCAGGUUCAUGUUGUCGGAUACAGCAUGGGCGGAAUGAUCUCGCUCGAGCUGGCUCACAUGACGCCCGAACGUAUCAAGUCACUAUCGUUACUUUGCACGACGCGAGGCCGGUACAUCCCAGCUUGCAAUGGAGUGCUCCCCAUGACCAGGACACUCGAUCACAGCGACGUUGACACAGAGACUCACAACCUGCUCGUGGUGCUGUAUCCGCCCAAAUUCCUUUCGCAGGAGAUGGAGAUCGAGUCGCGCAGCAUCUACGAGGCGAUGUUCGAGUGCCACAAGUACCUCGUGGAGAACCGAGAAGCCCCGCGGGUUUUUGGUUUCGUUGGUCAGGGGUCAGCCGUGCUCUCUCACAUCGUCUCGGACGAACGUCUACGCGAAAUCCGCGAUCACGACUUCCCGAUCCUUGUGCUUGGUGGGUCGAAAGACAUGGUAAUUCCAGCUCGAGAGACUCAAACACUCUACAACUUGCUGGCCAGUGACCAUUCCAGGAUGGUUGUGUACGAGGAUGCAGGUCACGGAGCCUUCAUCCAGUAUCUCGACGAGGUUGCUGAGGAUGUUAUCAAGACGAUUCAAGCUGCUGAAUGUGCACAUGAAUAG